UAGCCUAAUACUGCCUUUAAUAUAUAUAUUCACUAAAUUAGUUUUAAAUUUUAAAACUUCCAUUAAAAAUAUUGGUUAUUCCGGAAUUAAUGAAUGCAAAAUGAUUUAAGCAUUUCAUAACUAACUAUUUAACAUUUGACAUGAAAGCAUAAAAUGCAUGUUAUCAAUUUGCUUGUUGUUUUAACUAAAAUUUUUUAGAUUCAAAAUUUCUAUCGUGGAUCCAUAAUAUCCUUACAAAAAUGAAAGAGAUUUUAUUAUAAUUUCAAGACAAAAUUGAGAAUGAUAAAGAAAAAUCUUACUGAAAAUGACCAUGCAUUUUCAAAAGAAGAAAACUACUAUAUUAGAUAUUUUAAGUUAACAGUAUUUUUCAUUAUUCCAGUGAGCAUAGGCUUAGCGGUGUUUUAUUAUAAAGUUGGACCAGAAUUAAAAAAAGAGAUUUUUUAUAAUAAUUUUAUUGAUCCUAUAGUAAUAAAAACGUUUGAAAACUUUGACAAAGAUGGAAAUGGUGUUUUAUCAAUAUUUGAAUUUCAAAAUGCUUUUUAUUCUAUGGAGAUAUUUAAAUUCAAACAAAAAAAUGCUGGUAAAAACAAUUUUAGAAAGUAUUUGCAAGAAACUAUUAAACCGGAUGUUGAGAUCCUCAGUCUUCAAUCUAGCCUUCUUCCUCUUCAGCUAAAGACAUUGAGAAAGUUUAAAGAGGAUUUCAAUCAAGAUUCAUUUCUAUAUUUUCAAUCGUUAAUAGCUUGGGAUUCUCCAAAUUUGAAACAAGCCAACUUUUCUGUUCAUAAAUUUAGUGAUGUUUUUAUUCCAAAAAAAUUUGAAGUUGGGUAUAUCUGGGAACUUCUACCUAUUGCUAUGGGACAAACUGUCAUUCAUUUGCAAAGUUAUAAUUAUUUACCAACGGAGCCCUCCAGUGCUGCAGAGCAGUUAUUUUUUUAUAUUCUCAGCAUGCUACAUCCGCAACCUUUUCUACGUAUGCGCUUUCCACCAUUUGGUGCUGUUGCAGCUGUUCGAGCGGUUGGAGAAAAUCACAUUGAUGUUUCAUUUAGGUUGCAUUCUGAAUUUCAGAUCAACAAUGAACCAGAUUUGCCAUUUUGGUUUACUCCUGCUGCUUUUGUUGGAAACAUAAUUAUUAAAAAAGAUGGUUCACAUAUUGUGUCUUUUAAUAUGCAUGUACCAAAUUAUCAUAAACUAAAUGUUGAUUUGGAAUGGCUAACCAAACUGAAUGAUAGAACUGUUACAGAUAAAGAUAAUGAAUUUAGGGAGCACGUUGACAUAGGAUAUAUUGAAAAAAUGGAAGUCUUUUCAACAUGCUCUUCAACUCUUCAAAACAGUUUUAAUAUGUUGUGUAAUUCGACAGAAGAUAUUAAAUGGUUUGAAGAAAUUGAGCCUAUGAAAAUGUUCAAGAUUCUAGAAAAACAAUUUUAUCCAUUCAAAGAAGUUCCUUACUUUUCAUUUAAUGAAACUUUUAAAAUAGCUGAAAAUGAAAAAAAGUUUAUUCAUCUUAUUUUACUUUGGGGAUCUCUUGACGAUCAGUCAUGCUGAGGUUCAGGGCGGACUCUUAGGGAGAGUGCCUUAGAGAGUCCGCCCGUUAUGCAACUUCUAUCUGAACGAUUUGUUAGUUGCUGGUCCCUUGUAGCUGAUAUGGAGGAGCUUGUGAAUCUUGAUCCUCUGUCAGAUAUUAGUAGAAAUGCAAAAAAUGCACUUGAAAGUUAUAAAUUUCCAGUUCAAUCCAUUAUCUUAACUCCUAAUGGUUCAGUCAUUCAUAGUGUAAAUGCAAAUGAUAUUUUAAAUAGAAGACAAUAUGGUCUAUAUCGAAGUGAUCCCAUAGGAAACGCGUACUUAAAGUUUCUUAAUGAAGGACUUGAGAGAUCCGUAAACAGUGUUUUAUAAUAGCAGGUUCAGAGCAUAAACUUUUAAUGUCUUGUUGUUAGAUGUUUUACUUUAAUAUUUAUCUUUAAUAUUUAACGAUACAUUUUAAAGUUUCAUUAGUUGUUUCAUAUUUCAAAUAGAAGAUGUUUAAGCUGGGAAAAGUUAUGAAUGUUAUUGACUCUGGCAGAAAGGAGAAUGUCGGACGAUAUUAACAUUAGAAAAACAUAGAAAUAUUAAGUUUUUAAAAAUCUAGUCUUUUUAGUUAACGAAUUUUAUUGUUAUUUUCAAAUAAUAUUAUUGUUCUUUUUUUGAAAAAUAAUGAAACAGUUAAUGGAACUUUAUAAUUCGGAUUUUUUUUAUGUAAUUUUUUUAAUUCAAUAUUUGCUUAUAUUAUAAGAGUAAUUUGUUUUAUAUCAUUUAAUAUUAGUCUGUUGUUCACUGCUAAAUUCUAAUAAAGUAUUGAGGCCUCAAAUUCGGCAAUCAUUUUCAGUACAGUCUUAAUUUUUUUAGGUAACCUGGCUUAUAUAUAUAUAUAUAUAUUUUUUUUAAUAUGUUUUAAUGAUGAUUUUCACGGCACGUGUUUUCACUUGUGAUAAUCGGAUGCGUUUACAUAUAAACUUUACAAUUUUUUAUUUGUAUGUUGUUAAUAAUGAAUAUUAUUUAUAUAUCAAAAGUAUGAUGUGUAGUUUUCAGCUUCAAAGCAUUUGAUUAUAUAUGAUUAGAUGUGUGAUCUUUUUUU